AUUGCACUCUACUAUAAACAGGCGACAAGCAUUAAUUUGAUUAACGAAGUAAGCUUGACGUCUCGUAUCCCCGAAAGAGUAAGUUUAGUUUGUUUAAAACAUUUUCGUUAUUUUAGGGCUUUCCUCAUGUCUACUUUUGCUUAAUUGUCUUGUCAUUGCGCAUUCUUUCGUAUAAGUUGGUGACUCAUUCAAAAAAUGUUCUUAAAUACAUGUAAUAAUCGAUAUUUAUCGACACUUUAAAUGCAAACAAGCGAAGACAUACCACAAAAUAACGCCUUAUAUUGUUAAACAUAAUAUUUAUUUCGAAUCAUUCAAUCUAACUGAAAUUUUAGACAAGAGUUCUAUCGGGCCAUUUAAAACAAAGUGCGGGAAAACGAUGUACUUUAGCGAUUUASUAAACACUCUUAUAAACUCUUCAAAAGUCACUGAUGUGUCAUACCGAAGCCAUCUUAAAAAAGUAACCUUUGUAAAAAGUAAUUUAACGAAGACAUCUUACUAUUACUGAGAUAUUUCAAGAUUUUAGCAUAAGAAAGGUUUCGCUUGAUUUUCGAAGUUUAAUCUUUGAAUGACAAUACCAAGCGCUUUCUGAAUGAUAUUUGCAUCUUUAGAGAGACUUCUUUUUACAUUUUCAUGGSAUAUAUUGUCGUUGAACUAUUAUAAUGAAAUCCGCUCCCUUGUAUUUAGACACUUAACGGGCUAUAGGUAAUAUAUUGAUAUUGUAUGACUUAUUGACUUUAGACGGUAUUUCUGUAGCAGCCGUAUACAUACGUUCCGUUGGGAUCUGAACUCAGUUUAACAAGCAGAAAAUUUUAGUUCUGUAUUGGAAAACAGGUGCAUCGGGCCAAAAAGCACACAAGCCGCCAUUUGUUGAAGUAAACUUCUGCAAAGUCAUCACGAUGAAGAGCUAUAGCAAUCAUACGAAUGCAACCAUUGCAAGGGACGAUGUCAUUUUACCUUCAAUGUUACUCGGGUUUCUCACUAUUGGUGCUGUAUUUGGUAAUGGUCUUGUUUGUAUGGCUUUUCACAAGGUCCGCAUUCUCCGCACAGUGACCAACUACUUUAUAGUGUCUCUAGCUGUUGCUGAUUUGUUGGUUGGGUUCGUUUCUAUGCCGUUGUGGUUUACAUCGGUUGCUUUUCAUUGGCCCAUUGCAACACCGCCGUYAGCAGUUUACAUACUGUGGAUAUGUAUGGAUAUUGCUUCUGCAACAGCUUCGAUUAUGAAUCUAGCUGUAAUCAGUAUUGACCGAUAUUACGCUAUAACGUCACCCCUUCUAUAUAAAACUCACCUGACAAAACGUCGUGCAUGUUUCUACAUUAUGAUCGUGUGGGUUUAUGCCUUGGGUGUGGCUUCUAUACGGGCCACACCCUUAUUUGGUUUAUGGUACAGCUACUUUAUAGCAACAGCAAGUUUUUUUGUACCACUCCCCAUCAUGUGUUUUUGUUAUGUUCGUAUUUUCAGAGUCGCUUUGAAACACGCAACGAAAUUGAGAAAACUUGAAGGGCUAAUUGAGCAUGUACAGAGGUUUGAUGAACGUGAUCUCCUGACAUCUGACAGGAAAACACAAUUAACAACGAACUCAAAUCACAUCAUUAAACAAMGACUGUCGUUCAAAUCAGAAAUGAAAGCAGCUAAAACGCUUGCUAUUGUAAUGGGCGCGUUUAUUUUAUGUUGGGCGCCAUACAUUAUCACCCUUGUCAUUGAUGUUUCAUGCAGUGAUUGUAUCCCCCACACUAGGCUUAAAGUCUUAGCACAAGUUGUGAAGUGGCUUCAUUACUCCAAUUCGCUACUUWAUCCAGUAAUCUACGCCAUGUUAAAUAGAGGAUUUCGAGAGGCAUUUAUAAGAGUGUUAUGUAAACAUCCAAGUAGAGUAUGCAAAAACAAAUCAACUUUACUUCAUUUCAAGGAAGGCCGACAUGAUAAUGAGUGUGAGAUGUUUGAGUGUGUAGAAAAGAUCUCAGUAGUUUAGAUAGCGAUGGAACAUACCACACUGUUGGAUAUUUUGGUCUGGGGAUGACGUAUGYCGAUAAAGAGUUGUCACUGAUCAGGAUCUUUACUUUAUUCAGUUCAAGUUAAGUAUAUUAUUCACCACUAUGGUUCUGUGCCGCGGGAAAUAAAUAUUGCCAUUUAAUAUUUUAAUGUAGACAAUAUUUAUCGAUCAUCGUCUCGCUACCUCUGACUAAACAGGCACACAUGCAGACAUGUGUUUUUCAGUGUAGCUCAGGUCUUUAUUGUCUACUAAUAUAUGAUCUAGUCGCCAUAUGAUAUCGAUAUAUGAAAUGAAAAAUUAAAAUACUUGUUUGUAAAGAGCAAAUUUGAUUAAAAAACUUCAACAAAACUUGCUGUUCAGUGCUAGAUAAAUAUGUACGAGUAUGAGAUUUAUAGAGGAAGAACACUCAGAUAGAACGAUAAAAAAGAACAUUAAUAUAUGGAAAUCCUUUGGGAUUCGAAAGCCACAAAGAUUUAAAAAGCCGUCUUCUUUUUGAUGAAUGCAUUUGCGGAUUCAGUCGUAAAGAAAACACCUACAUUAGACAAGGCUGAAAGAUGUUUUACAAUGUUAUUCAAAUGUGCUAAGAUACCCAGGAAAGAAAACUUUAAAUAUUUUUAUUCUGCAUACUGGUGCUUUAUUACAUUAAUCGGAAUAUCUUGUUGUUUGUUUUUGUCACUUUUUGUUUCCAUUCUGGUACAUUACAGACAUUUGCUCGAUGAAUAUCCCAGUUCUUUUAAAAUCUUAAUGUAACCACAGUUUU